AUGGAAGUUCACCACAACAAUAUGAUGGCAAGCCUUGAAGAACUUCUAGCCAAACUCAAGGAAAUUAUGGCCCGCCGCCGCGCGACCAACAUCCAUCCAGAAUCGGCAUCGACAGAUUCUUUAGAGGUGACUGCAAAUGACGGCUCGGAAGUCACGGAGGAGGCUGCGGACGACGGAAUGGCAGUGGUAAAUGGAGCUGGCGUUAACGACGCCGCUGCCACCCCAAACAUCAUCACCGCCGAGCAGCAAAUCACCAACGAUAAGGCCUUAUCUUCAGCUAAAAUGAGGUCGCAAUCACCACCAACAGCGGCUUCCGUUCGUAGCACAGCGACACCAACACCGACACCCAUUGUCGUGGCAGCUUCAAAGACCUCAUUGGUGAAGUCCCAAGAACCCGAAGCUUCAAUUGAAGAUCCACUGGUGAAGAUUGGCAGGUUUAAUUGGAGGUACAAAAAGAAGAAGAGACCUGGAGAUGGCUCCAAUUUAGAGAUGCAGAAGGGUCGUGAGAGGUUAACCAUCACAGGGGGCGAAGCAAACAAGAAUUUGGAGCUACGUCAAGAGCACAAGAAGGACAAUGCAAGAAGCCCAAGUCGAGUCGUGGAGCAAGGUGCGGCAGCCACGAAGGCUGGGGGAGAUCAUGUCACUACACCGUCGAUCACACCAGGCCUGCCAGAGGAAACGACUGAUGAAGGCGCAUCAGCCGCGGAGGGAGCUGUCAUCGAUGAAGCAGCUGUACCGCUGUAG